GUCAAAUCAGAGGACAAGUGGAAGCACAUAAACUAGUCGACGUGGAGCUAAUACUUACAGUUGGGAUCCUAUUCUUCUUCUACUCAAACCCCUCUGUUCACUCUCUGCAUCUCAUUCUACUACUCGCCGACGUCGUUUCAAUGUAUCGUACGGCAGCUAAGCGAUUGCUCCUCGGUGCUUCUGCUUCCGGCAAUGGCGGCUCCCGUUUUGGACUCCCUCCCUUCCGGUGCUUUUCCUCCUCCGUAGACUCUCAAUCGUUCCCCAAUCAAACCCCUAAUCAACACCAACAACUCCAUCACCAUCAAUUCCAAAACUCUAACUCUUCAGAUUCAGCUUCGUCCUCGUCUUCGUCUUCGGAUUGGACAGCUUCGUCUACGGCUGAGGAAGCUCGGCACCAUCGCAGUCAGAAGCCGAUACCGGACUACCAAGAGGAGCAAGCUAGGGUGCUUCGUGCUUCACUUUUCUAUGUGUUAAAGUUGGGGUGGACCGAAGCUGCGAUGAUUGCAGGUGCCAGAGACGCCGGUGUGUCUCCCGCUAUAAUUGGGUCACUUCCCAGGAAAGAGGCUGCUCUAGUGGAGUUUUUCAUGGAUGAUUGCUUACAAAGACUUAUUGAUAGAAUUGACUCCGGUGAGGACUUGAAAAGUUUGAUACCUAGUGAGCGUAUUUCCAAGCUUGUUAGAAUUCGCUUGGACAUGCAAGCUCCUUACAUAUCAAAAUGGCCUCAAGCUCUUAGUAUCCAGGCACAACCAAUGAAUGUUCCAACAAGUUUUAAGCAGCGAGCUAUGCUUGUUGAUGAAAUCUGGCAUGCUGCUGGUGAUGAGGCCUCUGAUAUUGAUUGGUAUGUAAAACGCACUGUUCUUGGAGGAAUAUACUCAACAACUGAGAUCUACAUGCUUACUGAUAGCUCCCCUGACUUUCGUGAUACUUGGGCUUUCUUGAAUGGUCGAGUCAAAGAUGCCUUUGAUUUCAAGAAAACCAUGCAAGAGGCAAAAUACAUGGCAGAAACCGUUGGAGCUGGGAUGGGGAGUUCUUUGCAAGGAUUUGUGAAGGGAGUUUUUCGGCAUGAAUAGUGGACAACAGUGAUAGCGGUAUCAUGAUCAGAAAAUUCUGCUCUUAUACAGGGAGGGUUAAUUGUGUUUAACAAACUCUGCUUGAAGGGAAUGCUGUUGGAAAUCUUAACACCAUUCUUACUAAAUUUCAGUUUUCUUAAACCGUACUGGCAUUACAUGUUGAGUUUUUUACUUUUCUUAUUCAAUUAUAUCUUGGGCUGUAAGUGUAAAAUAAUGGGAAUGCUUCAGUACCUGGAGGACUAUGGAUGAAGAAAGGUUAAGAAAA